ACGGCGGAAGGACUUCUCCGGCGCUCCCAGGACAGAUAGGGGCUUCCGGCAGAGCGGCGUCUGGCAGGAGCGAAUAUUGAAUAAUACAGUAAGAAAAAAAUGGAUGAAGAGCCUGAAAGAACUAAGCGAUGGGAAGGAGGCUAUGAAAGAACAUGGGAGAUUCUUAAAGAAGAUGAAUCAGGAUCUCUUAAAGCUACAAUAGAAGAUAUUCUCUUCAAAGCAAAGAGAAAAAGGGUAAUUGAGCACCAUGGACAAGUUCGACUUGGAAUGAUGCGCCAUCUUUACGUGGUAGUAGAUGGAUCAAGAACAAUGGAAGACCAAGAUUUAAAGCCAAAUAGGCUGACAUGUACUUUAAAGUUGUUGGAAUACUUUGUAGAGGAAUAUUUUGAUCAAAACCCUAUCAGUCAGAUUGGAAUAAUUGUAACAAAAAGUAAAAGAGCUGAAAAACUGACUGAACUCUCAGGAAACCCAAGAAAACACAUAACGUCUUUGAAGAAGGCUGUAGAUAUGACUUGCAAUGGAGAACCAUCUCUUUAUAACUCCUUAAGCAUGGCUAUGCAGACUCUAAAACACAUGCCUGGACAUACUAGUAGAGAAGUCCUCGUCAUCUUUAGCAGCCUCACAACUUGUGACCCAUCGAAUAUCUAUGACCUAAUCAAGACCCUAAAGGCGGCUAAAAUUAGAGUGUCUGUUAUUGGAUUGUCUGCAGAGGUUCGGGUUUGCACUGUGCUCGCUCGUGAAACUGGAGGCACAUACCAUGUUAUUUUAGAUGAAAGCCAUUACAAAGAAUUGCUGACACAUCAUGUUAGUCCUCCUCCUGCUAGCUCAAGUUCUGAAUGCUCACUUAUUCGUAUGGGAUUUCCUCAGCAUACUAUUGCUUCUCUGUCUGAUCAAGAUGCAAAACCCUCUUUCAGCAUGGCGCAUCUGGAUAGCAACACUGAGCCAGGACUUACAUUAGGAGGCUAUUUCUGCCCACAGUGUCGGGCAAAGUACUGUGAGCUUCCUGUUGAAUGUAAAAUCUGUGGUCUUACCUUGGUGUCUGCACCCCAUUUGGCACGGUCUUACCACCACUUAUUUCCUUUGGAUGCCUUUCAAGAAAUUCCCCUAGAAGAACAUAAUGGAGAAAGGUUUUGUUAUGGCUGUCAGGGGGAAUUGAAAGACCAACAUGUCUAUAUUUGCAGUGUGUGCCAGCAUGUUUUCUGUGUGGACUGUGACGUUUUUGUUCAUGACUCUCUCCAUUGUUGUCCUGGCUGUAUUCAUAAGAUUCCAGCUCCUUCAGGUAUUCAGAAUGGAGUCUUUGGAGGAAGAGAGAUCUUUUAGGGAUCUCUGUAAUCAGUGAUUCUAACGUGGUGUCUGGACCAGAACAAUCAGCAGUUUCACCCUGGAACUCGUUAGAAAUGUAAAUUCUUGGGCCCCAUCACAGACCUAUUGAAUCGAAACUGUGGGGGUAAGCCUAGAAAUGUGCUUUAACAAGUCCUCCAGGAGACUGUGAUAAAUGCUAAAGUAUGAGAACCACUGCCUCUAAUCAUAUUACGGAGGUACAUAGGUGACUUAAAAACAGGUCCUGGUUUUUAAUAAUGGACUUGAACUCAGGUAGCUUUACAGAAAACAAAUUCCAAACAUGGAAUUGCUUUUUCAUUUCUUUACAUUCUCUUUAAACAUUAACGUAUUUGUAUAGUUAGAAUUCUUUAAAAAAUAAAUUUGAGUUAUAAUUAACAUACAAUAAAAUGCUCCCAUUUUAAGUAGGCAGUUCGAUGCCUUCUGACAAAUGCGCACAUGCAGUGACAGCCAGUCAGGAGAGAACACUUUCGUCUUGCCCAGCAGACCCCGUCAUAGUCAGUACCACCUGAGCUAGCACCAGAUACCACCCAUCUGCUUUCUAUCACUGUAGAUUAGUUUUGUCUGUUAAAGUUUCUUAAAAAUUGAAUCACACAUUAUCUAUGGCUUCUCUUGCUUAGCAUGAUUUUAAGAUUCAUCUGUGUCGUGUAUGUAGUUUGUUCUUUUUUACUACUUACUAGCAUUCCAUUGCAUGGAUAAACUUUUUAUCCUUUGUAUAUUCCCAAUGGGAAUUUCUCAACUGCAAUUUGUUUUGAAUAUUAGUUCCUCAAAUGUGUUCUCACAGCUUCCCAUUAAAGGACAAAGCUAGCACUGAAGUGGUUUCUGGGUUUUUUGGUUAUUAUGAAUAAAGCA